AUGUCUGAUAAUAAAAAAAGGAAAACUUACUCAUCAGUCAAUGUCGACUAUCAACUAAUAGACAAACUAAAUCAAGUAAUAGAAUCGAACGAUCUUCAAAAAUUAUCACAAUUUAUAGACUAUGGUAAUUUAGGAAAAUUAUUACCUAUUUGGUCUUAUUAUUCAUCUACAAAUAAUCAUCAAGAAUUUGUUGAAACUACAAAUAAGAUAAAUAAUAUACUAUAUAAAAUUAAUGAAUCAAAGAACUCAUUGUUAUCGCAGAAACAAAUUAUAAUAGACACAUAUAAGGAUAUACUAAUAAACUAUUCAAAAACCAUUUACCGUGCAUUAACGAGUCUCAAACCAUCAUCAACAAAUCCAACAAUCAGAUUGUUAAAUAAUUUAAUAUCAUAUGACUACAUAAUAAGUGUUGAAUUUAUAAAUCAAUUUGAUUUUUCAUUGCCGGUAUUACCAAAAUUAUUAGUACCAACUAAAAUCGAAAUUGAAAAUGAAACAAAUGAUGUUUAUUCAAUAAGAAGUAGUUUUUUAAAAUUUUAUAUUAACUUAUGUUCAUUAUCAAAUUAUAUAAAUAGAUUGGAUUUAUUACUGAAUUUUAAAAUUAUAAGAAAUAUCUGGAAAUAUGUUGAAUAUGAUACAGAACCAACUUCAGAAAAUUUAUUUAACUUCUUGAGUACUAAGGUUUUGGAUGAAAGUAAUUUUAAGAAAGCUCAAAAAUGUAAAAUAUUGAAUGACAAUUUUAUGUACAAAGUACAAAUUUUACUCACCAAAAUAAAAGAACCAUUUUUCAUGGAGUUCAUGACCAAAUUAACGACGGAUUACAAAAAUGGUUUAGUUUUCCCAAAUGAAGAAUUAUGGAAUGAAAAUUCAAAUAUUGGAGUUGAAAUAGUAAUAAAUAACAAAACAUUCAAAAUUGCAAAUAAAUUGUUAUACACAUUACUUACAACUUUAAAACCCACAAAUGCAAAUAAAGAAAUUCAAUUCAUUGUUAAAAUUUUAUCUAGUUGUCAAGAAUUAAUACCUCCAUAUAUGAAUUAUUUAGUUCAACAUGGUGGUGGAUAUAAUGAUCCUUCUUUAACUUCAUGGUGGAUUUCUCAUACCUUAUUAUACUCAAAUGUUUUACAAAUAUCUUUACCACAAUUUGAAAUGAAUCUAGAAUUCUACAAAUUUGAUGCAAAAUUGAUCACGGAAAGUAUUGUAUUUGCACCAACACUGAAGGGGGUUUCAGUCGCUGGAUUAAUUUCAGAUAAAGGAUUAAUUGUACAAUUAACUUUACAGUUGAUUUUAUACAUGUUAAUCAGAUUGGAGAAAAUUUUAAACAUUGUCAAUGUUAGACAAGAAUUAAUCUCGAGUGUUUUCAAUUCACUUCCAGAUUUAUCUUCAAUCGCUCAAGCAAUCACCAAAAACCCAUCAUCCAAGAUCAUUCAAUUAACUGCAUUAACAAUUAUUAAUAAGUAUGAAAACCUAAAACCAAAUUCAGUAAGUAACACAUCAUUACAAAAAUUAAUAUCAACAGGGGUAACAGACAUAGUAUCGAAACCAGAAUUGAAUACAUAUGACUUGUCCAUACUAGACAUAUACAUGAGUUUACAAAACCAAGAUUUCAAAUGGUGGAACAAGAUAAAUGGCCAAAAUUCAUUUUUCACAACAUUGAUCAAAUUAACAACCAACAACAAUAUUUCCACUAACUACAUUACCAAAAUCUACCAGCUCUUAAAUAAAUUAACAAAAGAUAAAAUGUUCUUUAAUGACAACUUAUUAAUAACUCCAAUACUUUCAUUAAUUUACUCAAUCAACUCACAAAUGUCCCCCAAAUUCUGGAAUAUGAUUGAUGAAACUAUUGCAAGGUGCAUCAGAACUCCAUAUAAGUACCUUGAUAUUGCACAUUCAGAAUACAAUGACUUAAGUAUCUUUGUCGUUGCAUUAGUCGAACAAUUUAAAUUUAUUGAACAAAAUGAAGACAAUAUCUAUUGGUUACGAAAAUUUUUCAAAUACUUGACGAUAUUUGGAAAUGGUAAAGAAGAGUUGCAAAAAUUGUAUAAAACAAUAAAUGAGAAAGCAUUGGAUAGCUCAUCAACUACAGAGACUGCAUCAAGUUCACAAUUUAUUUUAGAUAUUGCCUUCAACUAUUCAACCAAAUCACAAAUCUCAAAAAUCAUUAAAGCUUUAAAAGACAAAAUUAUUACAUCAGAUGUUGAUUUUUUAGCAGUAAUAUAUUUGUUGCAACAAACUAAUGACUUAAAUAAUACUCUCUUUCCUAUGAUAUGGGACUAUUUAAUAAGCAGUAACCAAAAAACAUUGGAUUACUUCACGACAGAGCUUGUGUGGAAGAGCAUGUUAAAUAAUAACAAGAGUGAAUCCUAUAAUGAAAUCCUCAAAAAUUUGCCAAAAGUCAAUACUAAAUAUUUAGCUUCGUUUGUAUGUGAACAAAUUCAAAACCAACCUUCAAAUAAUGCAUAUGAUAAAUAUUUUUGGACUUUAAGUGAUGAGCAGAUAAUUCUGUUAAAAGAUGUUGAUAAUGAAGCAAUUACGGUAGAGUUCAUGAAAAGAAAAUUAACAGUCAAUUUUGAUCAGUUUUGGAGAUUAAUUAAAGCAAACAAUAACGAAUUAACUUCAGAAAUUAUAAAAUUAAAUUUAAUAGAGUUUACGGAUAAUGAAUUAAACCAAGUGGUUGAUGAAUUAAUGAAAACUAAAAACUUAACUAUCUUGCCUGAUAUUAUUAAUAGAUACCACAACGUUGCAACUCAAUUAUUGGAUAAAAAUAUACAAAAUGACAAUCUUAAUUGUUUGAUUGCUGCUUCAAUGAUACAACAAGAUUUAGAAAUGCCACAAAACUUUGUGAAUUCAGUUUUAUCAAUUAUUGAAAAACAAUUGAAAAAUAAGGAUGUUACAAAUUGGAAUCAAGUAUUAGUGAUAUUAUCAUCCCAAGAAAAUAAAUUAGAAGAACAAGUGUUGGAGCAAAUUGAUUUCAAACAAACAUUGAACGCUAUCUUUAUUAAAUAUAUUGCUAAAGUUCCAGAACAAAAACUCACUAAUUGGUUACAUAAAUCUGUAUUAUAUAUUACAAAAUCAUUUGCAGAAUUAGAUUCAUUAACUUCGAAAUUUAAUGAAUUUUUGUUAAGUUUUGGUGAUUAUGUUUUGGAUUCCAAAAUGUGGGAUUUAGUGCCGUCAAGUGUUUUGAAUACUCAAAUUGAAGUUAUUUUUAGAUCAAAAUUCAUACAAGACGAAAAAUAUUUGAAAUACAUCAUAAAGUUAUCAAUUAUAGCGCCUAGAAAGAAAAUUGAUUAUGAGAAAUUAUUCCAAAUUUCAUUAACUAGUUUAAAAAGUUUGAACGAAUUACCAACUGUAAACAACAAGACCUUAAAGUACUAUUCAUCAUUUAUAAUAUACAUAUUGUUUAAUUUUGAUCAUCAAAAAUUAUCAACUUUAUCAAAUUUGGAGAAUUUAUUAGAAAAAUAUCAAGGAUUAAAUAACAUAGAAGAUCAAAUUAUUAAAACCAUAUUGAAAAAAAUCGAAUCAAAGAUUUCAAAAUCUUGGAUUUUAAAAGUAUCAAAUUGGGAAUUUAGUGAAUUGAGUUUAAAUAAUGAUUUGUUUCAAAUGGAUAAUUUAAUUACCAAGAAAAAUAAUCAAUUUAUUGUCACUUUAAAUAAGGGGAUCAUUCAAAAUAGUUUGAAUGAAGAGGAGUUAGUACUCCCACCUUUAAAAAGUGGUAAAGAGCUAUGGAGUCAAAUUGGAUUACUAGAGAUUCAAAAUCCAUCUACAUUAACCUAUGACUUUGAGUUUUUAAUCAUGAUAAUUUUGAACAAUGAGGAACUUUUGAAAUUUAACAAAUUGGAAGAUGGCACCACUACAACAACUUUCAACAUCAAAAAUCUUAUAGAUACAGGAAUUUUACAAUUUAUAGUGUCAAAUUUAUCAAAUCAGUAUCAAUCAAUAACAAGUAUCAUACUCAAUAAAAUUCUACUUUCAUUAGAUAAUGACUCAAAUCAAUUCUUUAAGGACAAAAACAUUUUCAAAGUUUAUUUAUCAAUCAUAUGUUUUACAUUACAGCAGGACUACAAGUUAUCAGAUUUAACAUGGUUCAUUUACUCACAAUUUAUCCCAAUUAUAUCAAAUCCUGGUCAUUUCUUAUACGAAAAAGCUUGUCGUUACUUAUUAUCACAUCCAAAAUUGAAUAAAUUUGAUAUACCUUUAUAUAAUCUUAUAUUCAAAGCAGUUGAUACCGAAUUUUACUAUAGAGAACUUACUUGGUUAAUUGAAGUUGUUACACAAGGAUUGAAAACCAAAGAUGAUUUAGUUGUCUUGAAUAAGUUUUUCAUUGAAUCUGUUUUAAAUUUAUUAAAUUCGAAAAUCAUAAAUAUGAAAUUAAGAACAACAAUAUUAAGCUUAAUAUAUAAGAUACAAAGUAUUGAUCAAGGUUCGGACUUAUUAAUUACAAGAUUUGGUAUAUUAAGUGAUUUGCAAUUAUUAAGUAAUGAACUUAAUGAGGAGAAGACUGACGAUAAUGAAAACAUUUUUAAUGACCAGUUAAAAUUAAAUUUUAAUGAAAUAACAACUAGAUUUGGUGUAGCUGAUAGCAAAAGAAUUGAAACCUGGUCGAACUUUGAUUUUAGAAAUAAUUUAAAAAGAAUUCAUGACGAAAUUAAAUAG